AGCUCAUCUCUAUCCCAUCUGUUUGCGAAAAAAACAUUAAUUGAGGAUUUUCGCAGUAAAUUAGUUAGCAAACAUGAAUCUGAUAAGCGGAAUCAAGUUGUACAUUGAGAAAAUGUGCUCCGAGUCUGGACCGGGCAUGAAAAUCAUCCUGCUGGACAAGGAGACUACCAGUAUCAUUUCGAUGGCCUUUAGCCAAUCGGACAUGCUGCAGCGGGAGGUGUACCUGUUUGAACGCCUGGACUCGGGAAGAUCCAACGAGCGGUUGAAGUAUCUCAAAUGCAUUGUCUUCAUCCGCCCCACUAAGCAAAACAUCCAGCUGCUGGCCAAUGAGCUGCGGAAUCCCAAAUACAGCGCCUAUUACAUUUAUUUCAGCAACAUCAUUCCCCGGACGGACAUUAAGUACUUGGCAGAGUGCGACGAAUCCGAGUCGGUGCGAGAGGUGAAGGAACUGUAUGCGGACUACCUGUGCGUCAACCCGAAUCUGUUCUCGUUAAGCAUUCCCAAUUGCAUGGCGAAUCUAAAUUGGCUGCCGGACGCUCUGAACCGCAGCAUGCAGGGCAUCACAGCUGUGCUGCUGUCCCUGAAACUGAACCCCGUCAUCCGUUACCGAGCUGGUUCUCAGGCAGCGCAGCUUUUGGCCAAGCUCAUCUACGAGCAGAUCACAAAAGAGUCCUCGCUGUUUGACUUUCGCUCCAACAUGGAUGGCGCUGCGCCACCGCUGCUGCUUGUGCUGGACCGCAGGGACGACCCUGUGACACCGCUCCUGCAUCAGUGGACAUAUCAGGCCAUGGUGCAUGAGUUGCUGCACAUAAAAAACAAUCGUUUGGACUUGUCCAAUCGCCCAAACGUGCCUAAGGACUUCAAGGAGCUGGUUCUAUCCGGUGAUCAGGAUGAAUUCUAUGGCAACAACAUGUACGCCAAUUACGGCGAAAUCGGAUCCACCAUUAAGCAACUGAUGGAGGAGUUCCAACGCAAGGCGAACGACCACAAGAAGGUGGAGAGCAUAUCGGACAUGAAGAACUUUAUUGAGUCGUAUCCCCAGUUUAAGAAAAUGUCUGGGACCGUGCAGAAGCAUUUGUGUGUGAUUGGCGAACUGUCGGCGCUGAGCAACAAAAGGAAUCUGUUCGAGGUCUCCGAGCUUGAACAGGAGAUUGCCUGCAAGGCAGAACACUCUGCCCAGCUGCAGAGAAUCAAGAAAUUGAUUGCGGACGAACGGGUUUCCAUCGAUGAUGCCCUAAAGUUGGUGGCACUCUACGCAUUGCGGUACGAGAGACACGCCAACUGCGACACAUCUGGACUGCUGCAGAUCAUCAAAACGCGCGGGGGACGAGCGGCUAUAGUGCCCUCGCUGAUCGAGUAUGCUGGAACCCACGUACGACAAGGGGAUCUGUUCAAUAUGGUGCGGAUAACGGACGCCGUAAAGCUGACACGGAACUUAAUUAAGGGCCUUAAGGGUGUGGAAAAUGUCUUCACCCAGCACACACCCCUGUUGAAGGAAACUCUAGAGGAUGUGUUCAAGGGACGCGAACUGGAUCCUCUCUUCCCGGCCAUAAAUUCUGAGCUCGUGCCAUUCCGACGACCACCACAGGAGGUGGUUGUGUUUAUUAUUGGCGGCGCCACGUACGAGGAGGCCUUAGCGGUACACCAGCUAAACAACGCCGGCUAUAAAGUCAUCCUUGGCGGCACCACCAUCCAUAACUCGCAGAGUUUUAUCCAAGAGGUUAUGGCCUCCACUAGUGGCAUUCAAUUUAAGCACACCAAAUCCAUGAUCAAAUACUGUUCCACGGAUAACAUUUAAAGCCUAUUUUCACUAGAUAGCUCCAAUUAUAUUGUUAACUAUUUAUUAACUACAUAUGAAUGUGCAUUAUGUAUUAAGUCUAUUCCAUGCAUUAUACCAAUUCAAAUCCAUCGGACUAUUUAACCUUUUAAACGUAUCCAUGUAAUAUAUUAAUUGUUAUUCUAGAGGGUAACACAAGGCAACGCCUUAGACAAAAUGUAUUAUAUAUUUAGCCAUGUGUGUACAAAAAUACUA